GCAACCUAUAUAAGGGGCCAAGGUAAUCAACAAAGUCGAGGCCUAUGCAACAGCUAUGAGAGGCAUCUGUCUAGCCUAGAAGGGGUCAAGGGUUGACUUUAAGGGAGGGCAUGUCAAAUGUCGAGUGUCCAGCUCCAGUUACCUGGCUGAUCGCGGAUAAUGAGUAAUUUCGAAUAUCGCGACCAGGUCUGUCUGAUGAAGGGUCAUGCCGUGGGCGACUUUCUCCUGAUGUCCGCAGUGACGGCUGAUCGAAGGUUCGCUAGCACGAGUGAGCGGAGCGCCGUGAAGUCCGACGGCGGAGAGAGCGUGGAAGACACUCCAAAGCCGCAUGAAGAGGAGGAAGAGGAGGAAGAGGAGGAAGAGGAGGAAGGAGAGGAGGAGGAGGCGGACAACGAGAAAGAGGAGGAAGGGAAGCAGAAGGGAGUCAAGAAGGAGGAGGAGGAAGAACAGGAGAACGAGAAAGGAGAGGAGGGGGAGGAGGAGGAGGUGGUAGAGGAGGACGAGGAGGAGGAGAACGAGAAAGAAGAGGAGGAAGUGAAGUAGGAGGAUGUAAAGGAGGAGAAGGAGGAGGAGGAGGAGGAGGCGGAGGAGGCGGAGGAAGAGGAGGAGAAAGAGGAAGGAGAGGAGGAGGGGGAGGGGAGGAGAACGAGGAAGAGGAGGAGGAAUUGUACGAGCAGCAAUCGGUACAAGGUGAAUAAAAAAAUAAAAAUAAAAACGAUUAUUAAAUUUAUUGUGGAGAGGAUUUUUUUUUUUUUUUUGUGGAGAGAAAUUUAGGGUUGCGACUCGGACGAGAAAUAGAUGACAGAGGGAAAUGAAAGGUAGGAGAGAGU